AUGUGGACGGACAUUCACACCCUGCCAAACACCUAUCCGCUCCGCCGGAGUACAGCAUGGAUCAAGAAAUUUAGGAGAUACCACCGUUUACCGCUAUACCAGGUAGCGGACGCGCUGAAAAGCAUUGAGAUAGAGAUACUGGAAACUAUCAAUCCGUUUACAUUAGCACUAUGGGAGACACGCAUGCAGACCGAUGUUGAAGCAAUGCCGGACUCACAGUCAGUACCGGGCGGAUUAAUACAAGUCGCGGUCAGCAGCUCGGCACGGAACGGGCUCGUAGGAUUUAGGGUAGCGAUCGAGAAACAGCUACCUCGGUAUCGAAAACUGAAACUAAAGACCUUUUUCGUGACACUAGGCGCAAGAUCAGAGCAAAAUCUAUUCUCCGCGGAGCUAGCAGCAAUAGCACAUACAUUGAACAUGCUAAUGGGACUGAAAGAUUACAGGAUCAUACUGCUCACGAGCAACAAAGCGGCGGCUCUCACGAUAAGGAACCCUCGACAACAGUCAGGCCAGGAGUUCGUCUGCCAAAUAUACCAGUUAAUGAGAAGACUACAGAGAAACGGAAACCACAUCAAUAUUCUUUGGGUCCCUACCAGCAAAGACAAUAAACUGCUAGGUCUGGCUAAAGAGCAGGCCAGAACCGCGACCCAGAAGGAUGCUGCCCUACAAGAAUCGGUCCCCAGGAUGAAGUCGACAACACUGAAUAUCGCUCGGUCCCAAGCAGUUGCCAGCAAUGACUUGCCAGAGAACGUAGGGAGACAUUCCAAACGAGUGGAUGCAGCACUUCCAGGGAAACACACGCUACAGUUGUAUGAUCGAUUAUCGUGGAAAGAAGCGAGCGUGCUGGCCCAACUCCGGACUGGCAUGGCCAGACUCAAUGGCUAUCUCUAUCGGAUCAACGUUGCAGAGACGGAUCAGUGUGCAUGUGGACAAGCAAGAGAGACCGUGGAACACUUCCUCUUUGAUAUAAAUAUUACUGCAAGGAAACAGCAAGUCUUCAAGCCUGCCGGCCCCGGUUGUGGCCAUGCCGUCCGUCAUAUAGUGGCGUUGUUCUGA